ACAAAAUGAUCACGAUGGGCUUUGUAUAAGCAAAACACACGUCCUUCAAUAGGCAUCCGUCCCACUUUCUCCUCAAUUUUCUCUUACUUUCUCACUCGAGGAAAUCCCACCAUGGCAGAAUGGAACCAUCUACCAAAAGACCUCAUGGAACUAAUUUCCAAACGCCUAGACACCUCCACAGACCUCCUCCGUUUCCGUUCCGUCUGCAAUUCAUGGCGAUCCUCAAUCCCCCCUGAACCUCCCUGUUUAUCUUCAAACACCUUCAAGAUCCUCCCUAGCGACGGUAUCUCCCACACCUCUUUUGGGUUUUCUCUGUUCAAGCGAACUGUGUUCCUUGUUGGGCUACCGAAUUCCCUUAACCAAACAGACACACAAGGCUGGCUUAUCAAAAUCGAAGAAGAUGUGCCUGGUAAGAAACACUUGUUUGAUCCUUUAUCGAGGUGCAGGUCAACGUCUUUGCCUAAUAAUCUUCCUCGUGUUCUAGAUUUAAUGAAUCUAAGAAUUCGUGAAUUGGGUCAUGAAUAUGUUUUGCAUCAUGUUAAUUAUAAGCCGAAUUCGUCUCGUUUUACUGAUUCCGGUAAUUUAUAUAUGGAGAAAGUUGUGAUGACUUGGUUAAAUUCCAAAACCGAGUUUGUAUUGUUAACUAUUCAUGCUUCUGGAAAAUUGGCCAUCUUUAAGAGUGGGGAUAAGAGAUGGACUAUUAUUAAUGAAAUGGCAUCGCCUUUUGAUGAUGUUAUUGUUUAUAAAGGGAGGUUUUAUGCUGUAGAUAAUAUGGGGUGGACUGUGGUAGUUGCAAUGGAUACGAAUUUGGGUUUAGUUGGGAGUCCGAUUUUUGGUGGGGAUAAGAAGUAUUUGGUUGAGUCGAAGGGAGAUUUGUUGUUGGUUGAUAUGUAUUUGAGUAUUGAUUCUGAUGAAGGGUUUAGUAUCAGUUAUGUUCUGCAGGAUAUUGUUCGGUAUAUGGGUGAGAGGACGGUUUGGUUUAAGAUUUUUAAGUUGAAUGAAGAAGGGAAAUGUUGGAUUGAGGUGAAUGAUUUGGAAGAUCGCGUGUUGUUUCUAGGUGAUGAUUUGACGUUUUCUGCAUCGGCUUCUGAGCUUUCUGGGUGUAAAGGGAAUUGUAUCUUUUUCAAUGAUGAUUUCUUUUAUUCGAGGGGGGAAGGAGAUGAUGGAUCAUCGUUUGGUCGUGAUAUAGGUGUGUUUGAAUUGGAGAGUGGUUGUAUGGGACCUUUAAGAAAUUUUCCUGAUUAUUCCAAGAUGUUCUGGCCACCUCCUGAUUGGGUUGCUUCAACCUCAUUGGAAGUGCAGAAUCAAAAUCAACUGGAAGAUCUGUCUAUAGCAAAGUGAAGAGUAGGUUUCCUAUUUCAUGACUGCCCUGGUAAAUAUUUGCAGAGCUGGCUGCUCGUAGACUGUCCAUUAAUGUAGUUACUGAUGACUUUUUAAGGCUGUCCUUCAUGCGGUGAUAAAUCAAGUGCUGUAGUGAUCAGCUGGAAUUUCCUGUGAUUUUGUUAGGAGUUUAAUCAGUGAACGUCUUCCAUUUUAUCUGUGAAUUUCAAAAAAGUUCAAGAGGCAUGAGCCUUCCAUCUCAUAUUGGUCGAGAGCCUGGCAGCAGUUGUUCAGUCGAGUAAGCGGGUGAAAUCUCAUAACCACCCACUGUGGAAACUUAUUGCUUUGAUAGCAAGAAUCAAAUGACUCUGGAUUCAGAAAUAAACUUAAUUCCAUGCUAAUCAGUUGUAUUGACUCCUCACUUUUUUGGUUCUUUUAACUGAUACUAAACAAGUUAGAUCCACUGAGUUUGGAUUUUCUACAUACACGGAUUCAAGUAUUGCCUCGUUACGCCAUUAAAUAUGUUUAGACAUUUCCAU